AAGGACACCUGGAUUUAGCACAGUUUUAAGGGAAAUCCUCAAUCUCGCACUCGGGAUGCCAUGCCACAACCAGCAACUAAACAGUGUCAGCAGUGGCCAGGAGCACCCAAUGAAGCAAGUACGAUUUGCGAACAGCAACAGCAGCAGUGUGCCAACGGUGCUGUCCAACCCUGAGCCAACUGAUGCCACCAUACAUCCUGUCAGCCAAGAUAACCUGGGACCUCAACUUAAACUGCUCCCCUUGAAUGACCAAAUCCGUGAAUUACAGACUAUAAUCAGAGACAAAACAACCAGCAGAGGAGACUUUGUGUUUUGUGCUGAUCGAUUGAUCAGACUAGUAGUUGAAGAGGGUUUGAAUCAGCUGCCCUACUCAGAGUGCACUGUGACCACACCAACAGGGUACAAGUAUGAAGGUGUCAAGUUUGAAAGAGGCAACUGCGGAGUCAGCAUAAUGAGGAGUGGUGAGGCCAUGGAGCAGGGUCUCCGGGACUGCUGUCGCUCCAUCCGGAUUGGCAAGAUCCUCAUUCAGAGCGAUGAGGAGACACAGAAAGCCAAAGUCUACUAUGCCAAGUUCCCUCCAGAUGUAUACAGAAGAAAAGUGCUGCUCAUGUACCCCAUCCUGAGUACAGGAAACACUGUGAUUGAGGCAGUGAAGGUGCUGAUAGAGCACGGAGUUCAGCCCAGACAUAUUAUCCUACUCAGCCUCUUCUCCACGCCUCACGGAGCCAAAUCUAUUAUCCAGGAGUUCCCAGAUAUCACCAUCUUGACCACGGAGGUUCAUCCAGUGGCUCCGACACAUUUUGGACAGAGGUACUUUGGCACUGACUAAACCCGGGACAACCUGAAGAACAUGAUCGGCUUCACUGCUUUGAGUAUAUUUUGUCCUGUUUAUAUAUGUAUCUCAUGUUCUCCUUGUUGUGCCAAAUACUGCAACUUUACCUCCAAAGUUCCUAAACUGAUAGAAAAUUACUCUGGUUAAUUGUAUUUAUUACAAUGUGUUUUUGCUGUUUGACGUGUGAAGAAAACAACACUGAACCAUGUAAUGAGUUCAACUUGGAUCAUUUUAUUUUGCAUGUUGCAACAACUGAUGGAAAAUAAAGAGUUUAUAUUUCUUAACAGACAGAACUGCAGUUGAAACAGUAUCGGUACAGUUGAGAGGCAUAGAAAAAGAGAAGCGGCAUAAUCACAUACUCCAAAGAUGUUUCCAAAGGGACCAUACUGUAUGGGCUCUAGCAAUACUGAAGUCCUGUCUGCAAACUGGGUACAAUGUUUUUUCUUUUCAUGUUAUAAAUAUCCUACUACUUGAUUAAAGCACAUUGCUUCAGUAGUUU